GAGGCCACGCUUCAGAUGGACGACGCUGCGAAGGCGGCACGCCGCGGCGGCAACGACCGCACGCCGUUCGGAGGCCCGAAGGGCGCUGUGGAGGUCGCGGAGGCGGCCGUGGCCGGGUUCACCGGGAAGGAGACGUACGAAUUCGGCGACAUCAGUCGGGAGGUCGACAGGCGGGCCAAGGACGCCGUGAACUCCUUCACGGGCAAGGACCGCUACGAGUUCGGUGACAUCACCAAAGAGGCACUCAAGCGCGGCGGCAGUGCCAUCAAGGAUUUCACCGGCAAGGACAA